CUCGCGUCUAGCUAUUUCAAUCUAUUUAACAGGAAAACUUGACUGGCUCCUGCCUGUUCACCAUGACCAAAGUUGAUCAGAAGGUUGCAUUGAUCGUCAUCGAUGGUUGGGGAGUUCCUGGGCCCCAAUCCCCUCCCGAGGGCGACGCCAUUGCUGCCGCCGAAACCCCUGUGAUGUCCUCUUUUGCCGACCCGAAAGCGAAAACCGCUCAGGGAUACACUGAACUCGAUGCUUCGUCCCUUGCGGUUGGCCUACCUGAAGGAUUGAUGGGGAACAGCGAAGUCGGUCACUUAAACAUUGGUGCCGGCCGUGUCGUAUGGCAGGACGUUGUCCGUAUUGACCAGACCCUGAAGAAGGGGGAGCUGAACAAGGUUCAGUCCAUUGUCAACACAUUCAAUAGGGCAAAGACCGGAAAUGGGAGACUGCACUUGCUCGGCUUGGUGUCUGAUGGAGGCGUUCAUUCGCAUAUCAACCACUUGGUUGGACUAUUGAAGGUCGCUAAAGAGAUGGAGAUCCCAAAGGUUUUUAUCCAUUUUUUUGGAGACGGAAGAGACACUGAUCCAAAGAGCGGAGCGGGUUACAUGCAGCAGUUGUUGGAUAGCAUGAAGGAAGUAGGAAUCGGUGAAUUGGCAACCGUGGUUGGGCGGUACUUUGCCAUGGAUCGUGACAAGAGAUGGGACCGCAUUGAGGUCGCCAUGAAGGGCAUUGUCUUGGGAGAUGGAGAGGCCAGCGACGAUGCUGUCAAAGCGAUCAACGAAAGAUACGAAAAGGGCGAGACCGAUGAAUUCUUGAAGCCCAUUAUCUUUGGAGGUGAUGAGAGGAGAGUCAAAGACGACGACACUCUCUUCUUCUUCAAUUAUCGUUCCGAUCGUGUUCGGGAAAUCACCCAGCUUCUAGGUGACUACGAUCGUUCCCCAAAACCGGACUUCCCGUACCCCAAGAACAUCGCCAUUACCACCAUGACCCAGUACAAGACCGACUAUACUUUCCCAAUUGCAUUCCCGCCUCAGCACAUGGGUAAUGUCCUCGCUGAAUGGCUGAGUGUCAAGGGGCUCAAGCAAUGCCACAUCGCUGAGACAGAAAAAUACGCCCAUGUAACUUUCUUCUUCAAUGGAGGAAUCGAGAAGCAGUUUGAGGGUGAGGACCGGGACUUAAUCCCGUCACCCAGGGUCGCAACUUAUGACCUAGACCCAAAAAUGAGUGCAGCUCCCGUCGGGGAGAAGAUGGCUGAAAGAAUCGCGGAGAAGAAGUAUGACUUGGUAAUGAAUAACUUUGCACCACCGGACAUGGUUGGCCAUACUGGCGUGUACGAGGCAGCUAUUCAAGGUGUUGCCGCAACAGACAAAGCCAUCGGACGGAUCUUCGAAUCGUGCAAAGAGAACGGAUACAUCCUCUUCAUCACUGCGGAUCACGGUAAUGCCGAAGAAAUGAAGAACGGCGAUGGUUCCCCAAAGACCUCUCAUACCACAAACAAAGUCCCAUUAGUCAUGGCCAAUGCUCCUGAAGGAUGGAGCUUGAAGGAAAAGGACGGAAUUUUGGGUGAUGUUGCGCCUACCAUCCUUGAUGCCAUGGGCAUUGAACAACCGAAGGAGAUGAGCGGAAGCAGCUUGCUUAUCCGCAACUAGACAAAAGAUUUUAGAUUCAAAAAACACGCGUAUAGCGUGAAAGAUCAAAUUCAUUAGUCCGAGGUUAGAUUGGGAGCGGAGGUGUAUUUGUAGUAAACUCUGAAUCAAUAGAUUCGCUUGCAAU